CUUGACAAUGUGGACAAGAGUCGAAGGCCAGUCCUCUCCGGAGAGACGAAAGAGAAGAAAUGAAAGGAGGGAAGGAGGCGAAGUCGAUCACUCUGGAGGAAUACGCCGGUUUCUUCCACAACCCUCAUCUCCGCCACCUCCUCUCCCAUUACCAGCUCAACCAGAUCAUCGUUAUGCAUGGAUUUGUGAAGCUGCAUCGAUGGCCAAAGGAGCUCAUCCUGAAUGCCAUCGAGUCGCUCGACUUGAUGCCUCCGGAGAGGUCCACCGUGCGGGAGCGGCUGAAGGCCUCGGUUCCUCUUACGAUGAUGUCGCUGGAAGAGGCGAAGCAGGGUAUCGAUGCACUUGGCUGGCAGGAGUGCCCCUUGGGCUCCGUUCUCUCCUUUAGCGCGGCGGGUGCAGAUGUGGUGGAGACACCAUCGCAGACCGCUCCGAGAGCUCGGCUCAAUCGCCCCUCCGCUGCCACUGCUCGCACCGGCCAGCAGGGGAAGGGUGGUAGGAGGAAGAGGAAGCGAAUGAAGGAGUUGGCUUUGAUAGAUUCGCCUGCUGCACUGCCAAUGUAAAAAAAUAUAUGCCAUUAUAUAAGACUAGAGAAAACGGAGGCAUCUGUGAGUGCUCCUACACUGCUCCUCAGUUGUUACUUGUUAGCCUUUGCAGUUUACACUAAUUUUGUUGAUACUCGUUCGAUCAGAAUACUUUUGACUUGCAUGUGAUCCUGAAAUCCAAUAUUAUCAGCACAAUUGUUCA